CAGCAAGUAGUCCAAUCCACGUGGUUGGAAAAACGCACGACGCUGUUUCGGUUCUUUAAAUCUCCAAGUUAUUGUCUCUGUCUGUGUCAUACAUGUAUAUAUAAUACAAGCAAUCCGAGGUCGAAGUUGCAAUGGUGGUUUCGUUUUUGCAUUGAGACUUCAAAGUGUUUGUAUUCCGAGACAAACAGAGAGAAAGAGAAGGAAAAUUGAAAUAAAAAUCCAACACCCAACAGAGAAAAAACUCAACAAUCCUCCUCCUGCCCGUUUAACCCAACACCCUACUAUUGUUUUUUUUCCUUUCCUUCCCAUUUUUAUACAAUUUAAGGUAACGUUUUUCUCUAUUUCCUACUGCUUUCUUGCCUAAUGUUGGUCUGUUAUAUCUAUUUUUCUUUUGGUUUUCAUGAAAGGGGUGUUAUUAGUUUGUUGUUCUUUGAUCAUGAUUCUAUGUAAUGUGCUGUUUGUUUGUUAAGUGGGGUUCUGGGGAUUGCUUUUAUUUGAUGGUUUUGGCAGAUCCAGAAUCAAGUAUUCAAGGAUGUUGAUAAAGGGUUCUUUAUUUGGUUUUAGAUUGAAUGAAAUGAGGUUUUCAUUUUUAAAAGUUUUUUUAUCUCAUUGCUAACGAGUACAUGAUUGCGACGGCUACUUUGCUUCUCUGAUUAUGCCUACCAUUUAUCAGAUAAUGCGAAGAACAGAAAAUAAACUGCUUUUGAUUAUAUUAAGGUGGAAGAUAAAGAAACUUUUUUUUUUUUUUUUGAGUUUUUUCUUUAUGGGUUAUCUUUAACAUUUGUUCUGGUUUGUGAUAAAUGCUUACCCAUUUUAUUUGUAACAUGAAUCUUGCUGUAUUUUGUAACAUUGAUAAAUUUAGCAUAUAAAACGCCUAACUGAAUUCAGUUUGUUUCACAGAAAUCGGUGCCCCUUACUGUCGGAUGGGUGUUGCUUUUUCCUGCCCAUUUGCUAAAUGCAGUGAUGUGGAAAAUGCCUUGGAAUCUAUCACUGUCAAAUCCAUUAGUUUUGGAGAUGAUGGAGUCAAAACACCUGUUAGAUCUAUCAGUUUCAAAAGUUUAGAUUCAGAGCCUACGAUAUUAAAAUCAGUAGGUUUUGGAAAGAUGAUAUUGGAGGGAUCUGUUAGCUUUAAAGGGAGAGAUUUGGAGAAAAUGCUUUCAUCAGAAAAAGCAGAGAAUUAUCCCAUUAAGGCUGACAGUUUAAGGAGCAAAGAAAUGGAUAUUCAAUCCCCACAACCAGAUACUUUAAUAGACACUCCAAAACUGUCAUCAGUUUUAGAUCCUAGCAAUCCACAACACGAGGCAGCAAUAAGAUUGCAAAAAGUGUACAAGAGCUUUCGAACGAGGAGAAAGCUGGCAGAUUGUGCAGUUCUUGUUGAGCAGAGCUGGUGGAAGCUCUUAGAUUUUGCUGAACUCAAGAGGAGCUCUAUAUCAUUCUUUGAUAUGGAUAAACAUGAGACUGCAAUUUCACGUUGGUCAAGGGCAAGAACUAGAGCUGCCAAGGUUGGAAAAGGUUUAUCAAAGAAUGAUAAAGCUCAAAAGCUUGCUUUGCAACACUGGCUUGAGGCAAUUGACCCAAGGCAUCGCUAUGGACACAAUUUACACUUUUAUUAUAAUCAGUGGCUCCAUUCUCAGAGUCAAGAACCCUUCUUUUACUGGCUGGAUAUUGGAGAAGGGAAAGAAAUAAAUAUAGAAAAAUGUCCUAGAUCAAAGCUUCUACAGCAGUGCAUCAAGUAUCUCGGUCCGAUGGAAAGGAAGCACUAUGAAGUUAUUGUGGUAGAUGGGAAGUUCAUAUACAAGCAAACAGGGAAGCUUCUCCAUACUACUGGAGAAACUGGUGAUGCUAAGUCAAUUUUUGUCCUUAGCACAUCAAAGAUCUUGUAUGUUGGCAUAAAGAGGAAGGGAACAUUUCAACAUUCUAGCUUUUUGGCUGGAGGUGCCACUAUUGCUGCUGGAAGAUUAGUUGUUGAUAGCGGUGUCCUUAAGGCAGUUUGGGCUCACAGUGGUCAUUAUCGUCCUACAGAAGAAAAUUUUAAUGACUUCAUUUCUUUUCUAAGGGAGAACAACGUGGAUCUUACAGAUGUCAAGAUGACUCCAGUGGGUGAGGAAGGAAGCUUGGUUAGUAAGCAAAGAAGCAGUAACCAUCUUAGAUGCAACUCAUCUGAAGAGGACUUGAGCUUAGAGGCCGAAGAGAUCAUUGUCAAAGACUCGAUCAAAGAGGUAGUUGAUUCAAGGGAACAAGAAACUAGUGCAGCCCUUGAAUGUCCCAAGUCAAGGAGGCUUCUCAACCUUAGCAGAAAAUUGACAAAUCUUGAAAUACCAAAAAGAACGGAAUUGUUUGAGAUGUCAAAUGGUGACCAUAGGCCUGUUGUGCCAAGUUGCGAUGACAAUUUGAUGGAUUCUCCUUUGGAGGAUGGUUAUGAGUCAGAAGAGGAAGCCAUUGCUUCAGAACAGGAUUCAAUGGUUCCAGAAGAAAAGACUGAUGAAAAUCAAGUAGAUAAUGAGGUCGAAGACAUUCCCAAAGAAUCGAUUCUUCAAAGGUUUAACUCUCAAAAAGGAAUGACCUCGUAUCAAUUAGGGAAGCAGUUGUCAUGCAAGUGGACUACAGGAGCAGGACCCCGGAUUGGUUGUAUGAGGGACUACCCCUCGGAACUUCAAUUCCGGGCUUUGGAGCAGGUGAACUUAUCUCCAAGAAGUGCUAGCCGCUCAAAAUCAUACUUUUCUCCUAGGUCUGCUAGUAGGCUGAGUCCAACAGUUUCCACACAAACAGGUGCUAGGGAAGAAAUGAGAACUGUAAGUUUAACUGCGCUCAAGAAGGAAAACUUAUUGCAGAGAAGCAUCCAUAUCAGAUUGCAGUCGUCCCCAUUAUUAAGAGAAGUUGUUGCUAACAUACCAUAGUUAAACUCAACGGAGUACAUUCCCAGUUAGUUCAUUCUUUUUAGUGUGCAUAGAAAAGAUGAUAUUGGAAUUCUUUAUCAUUCUUUUCAAUACUAGAUCCUCAUGUACACAUUUUUUGAUUUGUUCAUCUUGUUGUUGUAUCAUAAGAUGACAUGACAAUUGUAGGAAAAAUGAACAGAAAGGAAAAGAAUUUACUUUUUUGGCA